CCAUCUCUUUUCCAAAGAAUCUUUCCAACAAUCAAUGGCUUAGCCUCUACAAGACGACCCUCUGCUAUAACAGUGGCACUCCCAAAGUAAGCCACUUCCAUUUUGCAGUGUUACGUAGCAAUGGCCGCAAGUCUAUUGGGAGGAGCUGCUUUGGGUCCAGUCUUCGACCAACUCCUCAAAGCAGUUAUUGAUAUUGGCAUAAACGUCGCCACUUUCCCUUCCAAAUUCCUCAGCUUGAAGCAGACAUUAGUUUACAUCGAACCAGUAUUCGCCGACAUUGAGAGGCUAAACAAGGCCCUAGACGGCCGAGAUGAAGAAAUAGAGAUGUUCAAAAAGCGGCUCAAGGAAGGUGAAGAGCUAGUCCGCAAGUGUUCCAAGACUAAACGCUACGACCCUUUUAAGAAGUGGAAUUACUCCAGGAAACUGACCAAAUUGGAAAAUUCACUGUUGAAGUUCUGCCAGAUACACGGUUUAAUUCAGGUGGUUAGGGAUAAUAAAAUGAUUCUGGUCAAGGUUAAUGAAAAUGGUGAGAAAUUGGACGAGAUUCGUUCGAUGAUGAGGAAUGUAAGUAUUGGAUUUACAAAUUCUAGUGGGUCUUCAGGGUGGAUGAAUGGUUCUAGUUUUGGCAGCUCAAAUGGGUUUUCAGGAUGGUCUGAUGUGCCCCAAGUUCCUGAUUCUAUGGUUGGAUUUCAAGUGCCACUUCAAGAAUUGAAAUUGAAAUUGAAUCUGCUUCAGGAGAAAGAUCAAGUGCUGGUUCUUUCUGCUCCUCCUGGCUGUGGAAAGACUACUUUGGCAGCAAAGCUUUGUCAAGAGGAUGAUAUCAAAGACAAAUACAAGGACAUCUUUUUUGUCACUGUUACCAAAACACCAAACAUCAAACGCAUUGUUGGGGAAAUUUUUGAGAAGAAAGACUACAGGGUCCCCGAGUUUGCUAAUGACCUUUAUGCUAUCCGCCAACUCAAUAACCUUCUUAGGAGAAGUACAUCUCAACCAAUAUUGCUGGUGCUGGAUGAUGUUUGGUCUGAAUCAGAAUACAUCAUCGAGAAUCUUAUAUUUCAGAUACCUGGAUUUAAGAUUUUGGUCACUUCGAGAUUUGUGUUCCGAAAAUUUGAUACAUAUAAAUUAAAGCUUUUGAGCGAGAAGGAUGCAAAGGAUCUCUUCUGCACUUCAGCUUUUAAAGAUGGCAUCCCUGAUGUGCGACUUGAUCUUGUUCAUAAGGUGGUGAAAAGUUGUGGCGGUUUCCCACUGGCUCUUAGAGUUGUAGGUCGUUCAUUGUGUGGCCAGCCUGAGGUGACAUGGCUUACCAGAGUAAUGAUGCAGUCUAAAAGACAAAUUCUCUUCCCUACUGAGAAUGAUCUGCUUCGUUCUUUGCAAGCCAGCAUUGAUGCCUUGGAUGAAAAAGCUCUUUACAGCGAAGAAACAACUACAUUAAGAGACUGCUACCUGGAUUUAGGAUCAUUUCCUGAAGAUCAAAGAAUUCAUCCUGCUGCUCUUUUGGAUAUGUGGGUGGAACGAUACAAUCUAAAUGAAGAUGGCAUGACUGCAAUGACCAUCUUCUUUGAACUUUGUUCACAAAACCUGGUUAAUCUCGCCCUUGCAAGACAGGAUGCACCAGCAGUUCUUGGCUUACAUAACUUGCAUUACAUACAGCAACAUGAUAUGCUGAGAGAACUGGUCAUCCACCAGUGUGAUGAGAAGCCUGUAGAAGAGAGAAUGAGAAUAUAUAUCAAUAUCAAGGGGAAUGAAUUUCCUAGGUGGUGGUUUGAACAAAGAUUUCAACCACUUCAAGCGGAGGUUUUGUCUAUUGUCACAGAUGAAGAUUUCUCCUCUAACUGGCAUGGCAUGCAAUUUCCUAAAGUUGAAGUACUUGUGUUGAACUUUGAAACAAGGACCUACAACUUACCCCCUUUUAUAGAGCAGAUGCGCCAAUUGAAGACACUGGUUGUGACAAACAAUGGUUUCUUCCCAGCCAAAUUGAAUAACUUUCAGCUUUGUUCUCUGCUCAAUCUUAAGAGAAUUAACCUGGAACGCAUCUCUGUUACAUCCAUUUUCACAGCCAAUCUAGAGCUACCAAAUUUGCGCAAAAUCUCCCUGAACAUGUGUGAAAUCGGGGAGGCAUUUGAGAACUCUGCUGACAAGAUCCCUUACAUGUGGCCAAAACUCGAAGAGAUGAAUAUGGAGUUCUGCAACGAUUUAGUAGAAGUACCAGCUGAAAUAUGUGAUCUUGUUCAUCUUAAAAGGCUGAGCAUCUGUUAUUGUCACGAACUGGUUGCCCUUCCAGAAGAGCUUGGGAGGUUGACAAAUUUGGAAGUACUAAGGCUUCAUUCUUGCACAAAAUUGACUGAGUUGCCAAAGUCGAUAGUAAAACUUAAUAAAUUGGAAUUUCUUGAUGUAUAUGAUUGUGUGGAUAUGGAUGACUUGCCAGUGGAAAUGGAUCAACUCUCUUCUUUACAGACCAUCUGCAUGGGAAGCCGCCUGGGGUUUUUUAAGCUGCCCGAUUCUCUGCUAAAACUAGUGAAGUUGGAAGAAGUUGUUUGUGAUGAAGAAACAGCCUCUUUAUGGGAACCUUUUAAGGAAUAUCGGAGGAGUCUGAGAAUCACUGUGAUCAAAGAAGAUAUCAAUUUGAAUUUGCUGCAUAAAUCAUCAUUUAUCUGAUUUUAAGCGAGAUGCUGCUGGAGCACGCACUUUGGUGGAACUUGAAUAUGGGUUGAUGGUACUAAGCUAACACUGGCAUAACUUGAUCAACAAUGAUAAGCUAUGGAAGUUUCUUGAGGCGACUUUUGGACUAGAACAAAAACGAGCUGAAAGUAGCCAAAGGUGAAGGUUUAUAAUAAGUUCAUCCAACAUUUUUUUCAGUGAAUUUAGAAAGAUUCAGCUCAAGAUUGGUUAUUAAUAGCUGUCGCUAGAGUUUAGACUAAUGUAAGUGUCCGUUUGGAUUGACUUAAAAGUUAACCCACUUUUAAGUCGUUUGUAGCUUUUGGGAGGUGUUUGGUAAAGUUAAAAAUAUCUUAAAAUAAUUUUAAAAUGACUUUAAAAAAGUUUAAAAAAUCAAAAGUAGGACGUCAUUUUAGUCUGAUUUUUUUUAUUUUUGACUUAAAAGCUAAGAGUACUUUUUUCCAGCCAAUUCAAAUGUGAUCUAAGUUUGAACUUUAGAAGACUCAAAAGGAACUUAAUAUAUUGAUCUUUUGGAUAGGGCUUUGAACUGUAUACAUGUGUUUCUAAUUAUGCAUGCAAGCAGAUGCUUCUUUGUUGAAAGGAAGAUAGAAUUUAUUAGCAAAGAACUUUCUAUGGGGCUGGUUUCUCACUGUAUUUGAUUGUGAAGUUGUGGAAUGUUUCCCAAGAGAAAUUAGUCAAUACUAACUUA